GAAGAAAUCUCGUCAAUCAUGGAUCGAUCAGGACACUCUUCCUGAUUCCAGUGAUUAAUCAUAUUAUCGAUCAUUAUAUUGGUGACGUCAGUGAUUGUGGAAUGAUGGUGCAGUCGUGUUCGGCGUACGGAUGUAAAAACAGAUAUCAUAAAGAUCAAAACAUCUCUUUUCACAAAUUUCCAUUGGCCAGACCAGAUGUUUGUGGGAAAUGGGUCGCCGCCAUUAAGAGAAGAAACUUCAAACCAACCAAGUACAGCAACAUCUGCUCACAACACUUCACCAAAGACUGUUUCAAACGAGAAUGCAACAACCGUGUGUUGAAGGACAACGCCGUGCCAUCACUCUUCACAUUUAGCCAAUUACAGAUGGAGGAAGAAUCUCUGGAGGCCUUCAGCUCAGAAAUGGAUGUUUCUCCACACCUUCAUCUCUCUGACACUGAAGAGAAGACACCAGUGUCUGUCCCCGUAUCCACCUCAGAGGAGCUCCACCUGGAACACUGCAGAACCUUCAUCUGCUGUGACCACAACUACACGGUGGAGGACAACAGCCCACCCAAGAGACGCAUGGAGCAGCUGGAGGAAGAGCUGAAGAGACUGCGCAAGAAACUCAAGACGGUGCAGCAGAAAUGUCGUCGUCAGGAGAGACAACUGGAGCGUUUCAAAGCCACGAGUGAUUUCCAGAAGGAUGUUUCUCAGCACCUGCCGCUCUCUGACAUUCAAGAAAAACCGGCGGACCACUAUCAGACGGACAUCUCCUCCUCAUCCACUCUUUCACCUGUAUCCACCGCACAGGAGCAAAACCCGGACCACCAGAGUGCCUUCGUCUGCUGUGACCACAACUAUACGGUGGAGGACAGCAUCCAGCAGAAGAGACGGAUGGAGCAGCUGCAGGAACAGCUUAAGAAACUGCUCAAGAAACUCCAGACGGUGCAGCAGAAAUGUCACUGUCAAGAGAGACAACUGGAACUCUUCAAAGCCACGAGUGACUUCCAGAAGGACGUGUCAUUUGGAGAAAGUUACGUGAUCUUACCUAAAGAGAUCUACUACGUGCUGAAGAGAAUCGAGACCAUUGGAGCAUUGUGAGGAGAGAGCAUUCUUUUCUUUUUCUCCAUUUCUGAGAGUCAGUCAUGAGUCCAGUGUGUGAAAACGUCACAUUUUGUUGUUUUGAUACGAUUGCAGGAAAAAGAACUUAAAAUGGAUGUUGGUUUCAUAGAAUUAAAUGUUUCUGCUUUUACAGAUGCUUUAUUAUAGAGUUUCAUGUUCGCUCACUUUGUCUGGAUUAGAGAUGCACAAUAUAUCAGUUACCAUAUACGUAGAUAUCAGUCAUAUUUAGCAUGUUUUUAAUUAGGAUGAUUAUGGAAACGGAAAAUAUCAGACCUUAAUUUUUCCAAUUCAAACAGUAAACUCAACAGUAUUCUCACUAUAAAUUAUAAUGUUCUGAUGCCUGAUUUCACUUGGUGUAAACAGUAUUUUUUGUUUAAAAACAUUAAUAAUGUCCAUCACAAUGGUUAUCAGCCGUAACAAUUAUCUGCUAUUAUAAUUUGUAUUUCUUUGCGUAUCUACUGUGUGACAGUCAAAUAACAUUGUGUUAUAACCGUUUAGCAUUGUGCAGAAUCUAUUAAUCUCAUAUAGAGAAAAAUCAACCUUUAAUAACCUGUUUGAAAAGAUUCAUGUCUGAUUAUCUGUGGACUGGUGAAAUACUGUUGGAGAUAACGUAAAAAAAAAAUCCUUAAAUACUUGUUACAAUUGUUUAAAUGUGAAAUGAUGCCCAAUGUACGAGACAUAACUUGACCAAACACUGAUGAAUAAUACUGACUAUAUACUGUAGUUUCACUAUAGCAGAGUACGUUUGCAUAUGAAGAACACUUUAGGAAAGCUGUUUUUCCAUUUGAUUUAAUUUGCAAAUGUCUGCAGAUAAGGGUUUGUUUCAUUUAAAUGUGUGAAAUGUUAGUUCAGUUUGAAUUGUUUAUUUUUUCUUUGUGUUGUUUAACCUGUUUAACUCAUUGAACUGACUCAAGAACGUUUCUCAAGUGAUCUCUGAAUUGAACUGUGUUACUGGUGUCUCAAAGAGUUCAAUGUAUUAAAACCAAACAGACAUUUUCAUUAGACAUAUAGACUGAUAUCAAAGGGCUGAUGUGCUGUAUAUGCUGAUUUAUUUAUUGUUCACAAAACAGGAAUAAUUGUUGAAUCACUGAAAGCCAUAUAUGGAAUAAACUUGAUUUUGGGGUUAUGAAAAGUUACAUUGUAGUUG